AUGCCGAGCGUAUUGCAAGCAUUGGGGACUAGAGGCCCGGGCCAUGUUCCGCACCAUUGUGCGAGGUUUGGCGUGGGACGAGGACAAGAAGAUCUGAUACAAACAAGGCAGAGAGAAGCAGUUCAAGACAUUGUCCUCCUCUCCUCGGGCUCUUUUGCAAGUCCUCGUGUCCCCAGCUACCCGGAUAUCACCAAGUACAAGAGGAGGCUCUUCCACACCGCACGCUUGGGACUGCCAGUUCACAGGCGAGCCAUUAGAGAUUUCAAAGCUCACUGGGUUGGCUGACAAGCGCGUUGGAAUACUCGGGCAAAGGCGCCAGCGCUGUCCAGAUCAUCAACCACCUGGCGCGGUACAGCCGCUCGCUGGUCGUAUUCCACGGACUCCCGCCGCCGUCAAUGAACGCAGUAAUCGCCCUCACCGACCCGGCAUAGUAGAAGGAGGAGAUUGCGAGUCAGGGAGCGGGCUGGCAGCAGCGACCGCAGAAGAGCUUCAACGCCUUCACUUACAAUGAG